UAUCACAGUGUUUACACACACACACACACACACACGCGUCAUUUGCUUCGUGGAAACGUUCGUUCUUGCAUAUCUUGUGGUGGAAUCCGUGUGUUGCCAACCUAGUAAUUGUGUGUCGUAAUUUUCUGUUGGGUCCUGUCCAGGUUCUGUCAGUCAUUGCAUCAGUGCUGUAGAACUCUUCCCAUAUUUCCUCUCUUUUUUGUUUUCUUUCUUUGAUAACUUCCUCUGAGUUUUUACAUUACAUUACAUUAAAUUUUUAAAGAAGAGUGAACAUGUAAUUGUAAAUGUAAACGAAAAUGCGUGUAUUUGAAAUAACGUAUUAAUGUACAGUAGGAUAAGUCCAGAUGUGCAAAGCACAUGGUGAUGUAACUAAAUUUUUCUCAGCUUCCAAGGCAGUUUUCGAGGCCUUAAACAGUCAGAUUACGCAGAAGACUCAAUGACUGUACUCAUGUUCACGAAUUUUGCAGUGUAACAUAAUGAACCGAUGUUCCGUAGUAUACGACCUUACACAUAAACGCACAUAAAAACCAUGCCUGCUAAACACUGAACUAUAUCUCACCGCAACCCCAGAGGCAUAAGCCAGCACAUUGGGUUAAAAUUUUUAAAUUCGCUCAGUGGGGGGGCGAAGUCCAGCUGGGUCCACUCGGCAGGGAGGCCACUGAUUGACCAAGCACAGAAAGAAAUAACGAAUUGUUUUGUAUUGUUGGUAAUGCUGUAUUUUAGCAGAAUUUGUAAUAUUGCAGUGAUUGGCUGAGUUUGUAAAGUUACACUGUAUGUUAGGGAUGUUAUGUAACAAAGAAUUUAUAUAAUCAGAGUGGUGAUACAGCAUGAAUAAAAGAAGUCUCUAGGAAUAUAGAUGGAAGGAAAAGAGCCAGCAUGUGCAAGGGUUCAGUGAUUUUGUUAUCUUUUGCUGUUCUUGUACGUAGUACAUUAUGAGACACUUUCAAACACUAUCCAGCUGUACUGUAUGUGGCAAGCAGAGGCAAUGUAGGAAUUUUAAAAGGUAGUGCCAGAAGAAGAUAUAGUGGCACAUGAUGUUCCGGUUGGCAGCAAGUAAGAUCAGCCCAGUUCAUCUGGGAGCCAGUUCCAGUUAUGGAAGGCUGUGGAAUGUAAAGUGCCGCACUGUAGUGAGUGAGCAGUCUUCAGAAGUGGAGGUUCCAGGUAGCGCUGAUGUUGUCAUUAUAGGUGGGGGCAGUCAGGGCUGCCACACAUUGUACCAGUUGACAAAACGUGGAGUUAAGGCGGUGCUCCUAGAGCGAGCAAAACUGACAUCUGGCACUACAUGGCACACAGCUGGGUGUGUCUGGAGGCUACGUCCAAAUGAUAUAGACACUUUACUGCUAAAUGACACCCGAGAUGUUCUCAUGCAGCUGGAAGCAGAGACGGGGCUUGAUCCAGGUUGGAUUAUGAAUGGUGGUAUAUUCAUCGCGUAUAAUGAGGAACGUAUGAACGAAUAUCGUCGACUUUCCACCAUUGGAGUCAGCUUUGGUAUCGAGUCACACAUCCUGGAUCCUGGUGAAACUCAAAAGUUGUUUCCAUUGAUCAACCCAGAUGUCAUUGUGGGCAGUUUAUAUUCCCCAGGUGAUGGAGUUGUUGAUCCUUCGACAUUGUGCACAUCGCUUACAAAAGUUGCCACCAGCAGAGGAGGGAAGGUGAUAGAGAACUGCCCUGUGUCUGAUAUCUUGACAAGGAAAAAUGAUUUUGGAACACCGGAGGUAUAUGGAGUGGUUACUCCAUAUGGAGCCAUCAUGACCAAUUGUGUUGUGAACUGUGCUGGGGUGUGGUCACGUGACAUAGCUGCUAUGGCCUGCCUGCGACUUCCCCUAGUUCCCAUGAAGCAUGCGUACAUAGUGAGUGAGAGUGUACCAGAUAUCCAUGGACUCCCUAAUAUACGGGAUCAUGAUGCAUCCACUUACUUCCGUAUUCAAGGGGAAUCAAUUUGCAUGGGUGGCUAUGAGUAUAACCCCAUCUUACUGGACAGUGUACCUCAGGAUUUUGAGUUUGGUCUGUAUGAACUUGACUGGUCAGUGUUUAACUUCUGCAUCCAAGGAGCUGUGAAACUGAUGCCCAUAUAUGAGUCACUUGGGGUCAAGACAACAGUGUGUGGACCAGAAAGCUUUACACCAGAUCAUAAACCACUUUUAGGGGAGGACCCAAGAUUACGGGGCAUGUACCAUAACUGUGGCUUCAACUCGAGUGGCAUGAUGCUUGCCGGAGGAUGUGCAAUCCAAAUAGCUCAAUGGAUUGUGAAUGGCCGACCAGAUCUGCAUAUGUUCAGUUAUGAUAUCAGACGAUUUGACCCACAGCAAAUUGAGGAUUACAAUUGGGUAAAGUCAAGAAGUCAAGAGAGUUACGUGAGAAACUACUACAUUGUCUUCCCUAAUGACGAACGUUUGGCUGGAAGGAAUUUUCAGAAGGGACCAUUCCAUCAGGAACUGGUUGAUGCGGGUUGUAUUUUCCAAGAGCGGCAAGGCAAGGAGAGACCUGGUUGGUUCUCAACCAAGGGCGCGGCUCCUGUUCCUCCAUAUGAUUGGUUUGGAGCAUAUGGACACACACAAAACACUGACCAUCGAUAUGAAAACCAACUGAAAAAGGAUCAUACAUUUGGUGUCACAGAAAAUCAUAAAUUGAUUGGCGAGGAAUGUCUGGCAUGUCGUCAGCAGGUUGCACUUUUUGACAUGUCAUCCCUUGGAAAGUUUUACCUGUGCGGCCCUGAGGCCCAGAAGGCAGCGGACUGGCUGUUCACUGCUGAUACCCAUCAUCCAAUUGGCAAGACAGUGUACACCUGUCUGCUGAAUUCUAAAGCUGGAGUUGAGGCAGACAUCACUGUCAGCACUAUAGAAACUGGAACUGGUGGACAGAUAGAUCCUAUCUUCAAGGGACAUGGUUUCUACAUGACGACAGCUGGUGGGUCCUCAUACCACACCUGGGCCCAUAUUAAAUCUGUGCUGAAUGAAAAGAAGUGUAAUGUUGACUUUACUGAUGUCUCUGAAAGAGUGGGUGUGUUGUCAGUGCAGGGACCAAACAGCCGAGCUCUGCUUCAGCCAUUGUUGGAUGUGGAGCUAGAUAAUGAGACAUUUCCGUAUGCAACAACAAAGUUAGUAAAGGCAGCUGGCCAUCUGUGCCGAGCCAUACGAAUCAGUUUUGUUGGUGAAAUGGGUUGGGAGCUGCACAUUCCAUGGGACUCGUGUCUGCCAGUAUACAAAGCACUGUGGGCACAAGGGGUGAAACAUGGGCUGAGGCAUGCUGGAUACAGAGCUCUUUCUUCUCUGAGCAGUGAAAAAGGUUAUCAUUUGUGGCAUUUUGAUCUGCAAAUCUGUGACAAUCCUCUCGAGGCUGGAUUGGACUUUGUGUGUAGAGAGACGGGUGAUUACCUGGGCAAAGCAGUGCUGGAUGUAAUCAGGCAGAGAGGACUUACCAAGAAGCUCCUUCACUUCCAGCUUAAGAAAAACAUUCCAAUUUGGGGCUUUGAAGCAAUUUGGAGAGAUGAUCAAGUUGUAGGUUACAUUCGAAGGGGAGAGUUUGCCUACAGCUUAGGGAGCUUCAUAGGACAAGGCUAUGUGAAGCACCCAGAUGGUUAUCCUGUAACUUUUGACUAUCUUGAGAAUGGCUGUUACCAAGUGGAGGUGAUGGGGAAGCGCCAUGAAGCCAUCGCUUAUUGUAAGAGCCCAUUCGAUCCAAAUGGGAAACGUCUGCUAGGGAUAUAUGAAGAACCACUACUAAGCAGACAGUAAGGCCCAAAUAAUCAUACAGUUAUUGUGUUUCUGGACAUUAUCCAUCUUCGUGUGUUAAGUUAAAAGACAGUUGGGCCCAAUUAAUAAAGCUAGUCCCCAUCUCUGGACACCAGCACCAACAGAAGAAGAACUACAGUUAUUUUGAUGACUAUGAUAGCCUGUAUAUUUUUGUGCGUGUCUCUGUGCGCACACAGGUGGAUGAUGGUUGUGUCUGUGCAGGUGGGCUGUUGGGUGUUUGUGUGCUUAUUACAGAUACCCUGAAGCCAUCAGAUCUCAUAAUAUAAUAGAAGUAGCAACAAAAUUGCAAAUUUCAGUAGAUAUUCUGGCAAUUGUAGCAGCUUUGUGAAGUUAACCCUUUCCCUGCAGCCCUGCAUGUGUUGCAUCCGCCCUUCAGGGCCUGUGCAGGUGCAAAACCCGUUGACUUUGUCAACACCAGAGUGUAUGUGAAUGUUUAAUGCUGCAUGACUGGAAUCUUUAAAGAAAUAAGUGGGCAUCUGAGGUGCAUGUUUUGAUGUUGAGCUUCCCAGUUUUUAUUCUCCCCAUAAAUUAUUAAGAUGAUCGUGUGGUACACUUAGAUCUGUGUACAGAACUUCUGUUGCAAAUUCCAAAUAGAAGAGACAACUUAAGAGAUCCUGUCUGCUUUGUGAUUGAACCCAGGCUCUUGCAACGAGUAAUCUAUGGUAUAAUUGCCUGAGCUAUGGCAUAUUCAUUGCCUCUAUCUUGGGGUCCUUACGUUCUCUUCAGAACUCUGUUUCCAAGUACCUUCAGCCAUUUCCUUUGCUUCUGAAUGAAGGAGUGAGUUUCAUAGCCCUACGAAACAUUGGGUGGACUGUAAAGUAUGUUGUAACUGAUCAUUAUUGUGUAUCCUGCAGCAGCCCAACUGAUUGUAUAAUACUGCAUCCUGUCUCUAAUGCUUACCAUACAUCUUGUUAUCCUGUCAGCAUAAACUUCAGUCAAAAAGACAUUAAGUUCCACUGCAUAAAGUGUAUUAUCUCCUAAGAUAUAAUGCCAUGUAGUUUAAUAGAAGUCCACACUAAUGUUGCCUCCGUCUUCAGGGUUGACAGACUAGUCGCUUGGCUACACUGAA